AUGGAGAAAACAAGAACAUACGCUGUCAUCGGUGCAGGUCCUGUAGGCUAUGUUUUAUCAAUAUUGCUAGCAUUAAAAGGUUACAACGUCGAGCUAUUUGAAAAGAGAUCAAAUCCAUUAACUACUCUUUAAUCUGAUGAGUGGAGAUCUACAAAUUUUUUACUUCUAUGUCGAGCUUUUCCCGCAUUUAGAAAGGUAGGAGUAUUAGAUGAAGUUUUAAAGUAUUCUGCAAAAGUUGAUAAAUUAAAAAUAGUCUUAAGUGAUCUUGAUGAAUUUGAACUUAACUAUAGAGGAAAGGGUCCUGAAGAUGUCGCAUUUUCUUUGAAUAGAAAGGAACUCUAAAAAGUUCUUGCUAAAAGGAUUUAAAAAUUCUAGGAUAAGAUUAAAAUUUAAUACAACGCAACUAUUUUAAAUGUGCAGAUAGAGAAAUCCAGUUUUGAUGUUAAGCAUCAAGAUGGAAAUGUGGAGAUUAAAAGUGGUUAUGAUAUGAUAUUUGGUACUGAUGGUAUUCAUUCAGCUGUGUAACAAGCAUUCUAAUAGUUGGCUGGAUUCAGCUUUUAACGAGAAUAUAAUGGAUAUGGCUAUACAGAACUCUAAAUACCUGCUUUAGAAUCUCAAGAAGGAAAUAAAUUCAGAGUUUAAGAGAAAACAUUUUUUCAUUGGCCAAGAAAAGAGUUAGAUACACAUAUGUGGGGAAUGCCAAAUUACAAUGGGGAUAUUAAUAUUGGCUUAAUUUUGAAGAUUGCUGGAGAAAAUUCAUUUGAGUAUUUUAAGACCUCAGGCUUCCAGGAAUUCUAGAAAUUUUUGUUUGAGCAUUUUCCUGACACUAGAUAUCUCAUGCCUAAUUUAAAAGAUUUAUAUGAUAAGUGCUAGUUGACUAGAAUAUAAACAAUGAAAUGCGGGCCAUGGAGAUUCGGAAAUUUUAUGCUAGUCGGUGAUUCUUCCCAUUGCUAAAAUCCUUUCGGAGGCUUAGGUUUUAAUGGCAAUAUGGAGGAAUGCUCCUUGAUAGAUGAUUUAAUUGAUAAGCAUUAAUGUAACUGGAAUCUCAUUGGAGAGGAAUUUUAUGCUAAAAGAAAGCCUAUUGCUGAUAAAAUGAAUGAAUACGGGGAUACUUAAUUUGCUAUCUUUAAAUAUAAACUUUUUGAGGAACCAAUCUAAAUAAGUAUGAUUAUUUAAGAUUACAUGAGUAGAUAUUACGGUGAUAUAUUCUAAACUGUAUCCUAACUAAUCAGAUAUUAGGAUAAAGAUUUCAUAGAAUGCUUGAAUUAUGGCCCAGUUUAAUCUAAAAUAUUUAAUGAACUAAAGAAGGAAAUACCGAAUUUCUUGGAUGUAGUUAGAACUGGAAAAUUUGAUCAAAGAGUAUAUGAUAUUUUGGCUAAAUACAAAGAUAUAACUGAUUUGAGAUAGAUUGAAAUUUAUUCAAAAUCAUAAGCUGAUAAAGCUUAGAGUGCAGGUAAAACAUAAGAAAAUUUAUUUUCAAAAUAUUUGCCUAGUUAUCACAAAAACAAGCCUAGACUUUGA